UGUGGUUAGCCUCCAUUAAGUGAAAUGGGUCCCUGUGGCAGCAGAUCUGUUAGCAUGAUGAGCUGCUGAAGUUUGUUUAUCUGUAUCACUUGGCAACACUUUCCUCAUCUUACCUCUGCUAGAGACACUGCACCUGUGUGUGAAUGAAUCCCGAAGGACAGGAAAACAUUUAGCUCAUGAUACGCUCCCUGCUGAUUAUCACAGGACAUAGAUUAAAGAAAUUAAUUGUAAGACAAUAACUACACUAAAAUGGCUUUAGCGAGUGGACAUUGGGUCGACAAGGACAUCGCAGGAGUCCCACCAAGCCCACGAUAUGGCCAUGCAAUGACUGCAGCAGGAAAUAUCGCUUUCUUGUUUGGAGGAGCAUCCAGCGCGAUCACAGAGGACGAUCCUCCAAUUUAUCUGAAUGACUUUUACAUGGUUACAGUUUCACCUAAUCGAGUUACAUGGGAGCUGAUGCCUCAGAAAGGUGACGUUCCCACAGCGAGAGAGGGACACACUUUGUGUGUCGUUAAAGGAAAACUCUACUUGUUUGGAGGUUCCUCUCAUCCUGAAGCUGAAGAGUGUCUCCCAGGCGUCUAUUGCUUUGACAUUGUGGCGUUGACGUGGGAGAAGCUGCUGACUGGAGGAGUGUGUCUGCGGACUCUGAGACACAGUGCAGCGGCUCUGGGAGAGAAUAUCUAUGUGUACGGAGGGAUUCUGGACAGCGUCCCUACGGAUGACCUCAUGAUGUUCAACACCGUGUCGUUGAAUUGGAUGCCUAUUAAAACUACAGGAGCUCUGCCUUCAGCAAGAUAUGGUCAUUCAUUAGCUGUGGUCGGUGAGCAGAUAUUCCUGUUUGGUGGAUGUUCAGAGGACGGGACUCAAACCAAAGACAUGUGCGCACUGAAUACAGAGACUCUGGUGUGGGAACAGUGUAAGGUUAAAGGAGAGGCUCCUGUUGUUUGUGCCGGUCAAACCUUUACAUCACAUCAUGACAAGGAUAUUUACUUGCUCGGAGGAACCAUCACUAAUCCAGAUGGAGUGGUAUCAUCAACAAAUGAAAUUCACAAAUUAAGCAUCGCAAAGAUGAAAUGGAAAGUACCGCUGUAUGUCGGCAUCCCUCCCUCCAGACGUCACAGACACACGGCUUUCAUCGUCCACAGUCAUAUUUAUGUGUUUGGAGGCAAAAAUGAAGAACAAGAUUUUAAUGACUUGAAAAUAAUGAAGUUAAUAAACCCCUCAGAGAGACAGCCAGUGAUGAAGGAGAUUUUGUCUGAGUUUGGACUGCAGGGUGUCAGUAAUAGCUUCGCCCCGACAAAGAUUCCCAAUGUGAAAUACGAGCUGAGUCAGUCUCCAGUGACCGUGAAGAGCUACAGGAGUGAAAACAUUCAGGCGAGCGCUCAUAGAGAUUUCAGUGCCGUUCGUGACGAGGCCAUGAACAUGAUCCACAAAGCUUUUGCCAUGUUAGAUGAGGAAUUCCAAAAACUAGACAGAGAAAAGGAAGCACUUGCGCGGGACACAGAGGCUCUACAGAAUGAGCGCGACGCUCAGAACCAGCAUCUGCUGAGACAGAAACAGGAACUUCAGGAUAUGCUGGAAAGACACAGGACUCAGAACGAGGCCUGGCUGCGUGCGCGAGCAGACGAGAACGACAGGGAGAGGAAGGAGCUGUGUAAACUACGGGAGGAGGUGCUCCAGGAGCAGGAGCGGCUGAAAGAGGAGCAGUGCAAUAUCCAAAAGCGCAGUGAGCAGCUCCUGUCCAUUAUGCAGCAGUUCAAAGGCAUGUGAAGACACUGUCUCCAUGGCAACCGCAGAGGGAGACGGCGUUAUUUUUGAUGCCACUCCCUUACUGAGAGAUAUUUGGGUUUGUCUGGCUGAUGAUGAUUUGGUUAUUCCACCGCGCGUGUGUGUGUGU